UAAAGAUAUUAAUGGAUCAAUAUGAUUAUGGUGAAUAAGAUGAUUAAGAUGAUUAUGAUUAUCAAGAUGAAGAAUUUGCAAAUUACUCAGGAUCAAAUUUAAAGAUUUUAAUGGUAAAUAAUAUGAUUAGAAAAAGGUGGCUGAGAAAAAUUCAAUAGCAGAAGCAGUGGCAUAUGCAAUAGGAAAUAAAGUGAGGGCUAAAAAGGGUAGAUAAGCAUUCUUUUACUUCUCUGGAAUGUUUAAAGGAUAGUAAGCAAAUUUUACUGUGACAGCAACAAAUGGACAUUUAUUUUCAAGAGAUUUUCCAAAAGAAUAUGAAAAUUGGGUAUUUUUAAUUAUCAUUUAAGAAUUCAUGUGAUCCUAUAGAGUUAUUUUAAGCAAAGACCAUAAAGAAACCAGCUAAUAAGGCGGGAAUAGGUUUAUUAAAGAAAUGUUCUUCAGGAAUAGAUUAUUUAAUAUUAUGGUUAGAUAAUGAUAGAGAGGGAGAGAAUAUUUGUUUUGAAGUUGAUGAAGUUUGCAAUUCUUAAGGAAGAGCAAAGUAAUAACAUUAAUUAAAUUAUAUUAGAAAAUUAAGAGCAAAGUUUUCAUCGAUAACAUAAACAGAUUUAAGAAAUGCUUAUAAUUAAUUAAAUAGUGGUCCGAAUAUUUUAGAAUCUGAAUCAGUUGAUGCAAGAUAAAUAAUAGAUUUGAAAGUAGGAGUUGCAUUCUCUAGAUUUUAAACUCUUUAUUUUUAAAAAAAGUAUUCAAUGGAUCAAAUGAUAACUUUUGGUCCUUGUCAAACUCCUACUUUAGGGUUUUGUGUAGAGAGACAUGAAGAAAUUGUUAAUUUUAUACCAAAAGCAUUCUAUACAAUUAAAUUAAGUAUAUCAAAUAAUGUUGGUUACAAAUAAGAAGUAGAAUGGCUUGUAUUAAUAUAAUUAAUAAUAGGGAUAAUAAAUCUGGAAAGAAUAAGAAGCAAAAUAGAUCGUACAACAGUUAUAAAAAUGUAAAGAAGGAGAUGUUAUCACUUAAUAAGUUGAAUAAAAAUCAAAACCUAGACCUGAGGGAAUAAAUACAGUAUAAUUAUUGAAAUUUGCUUCAUCUUAUUUGGGUUUAGGACCAUAAUAAGCAAUGCAUGUUGCUGAAAGAUUAUAUUUAAAAGGAUAUAUGAGUUAUCCAAGAACAGAAACAACAGCAUAUCCCUAAGAGUUCCCAACUCAAAGAAUCAUUAAUAAUUUAUAAAAAUAUAAAGAAACUAUUAUAAGUGAGCAUAGCAAAUAUUUAAAAACAUCUGGUCAUUUAAAUCCUAAAUAAGGAGUUGAUAUUGGAGAUCAUCCUCCUAUCACUCCCACUGAAAAUGUACCAUAAGAACUUUAUGGAGAAGAGAAAAGUAUGUAUGAAUAUGUUGUAAAAAUGUUUUUGGCUGCUCAUUCUAAAGAUUGUAAGUAUGAAAAUCAUACAUUAAAAUUUUCUGUCAAUGAAUAAUAAUUCAAAUAUUAAUCUAAAUAUAUUAUAGAUCCAGGAUUCACUAAAGUUGCAAAUUGGUUAGCAAUAACAGAGAAUAAAAGUGAUAUAACUAAGUUUGUGAAUAAUAAAAAAGUUUAAAUAGCAUUUGUUGAAUAUACUUAAGGUUAAACUAGUCCUCCUGAUCAUUUAACAGAAACUGAACUGAUUACUUUAAUGGAUAAAUUUAAAAUAGGAACUGAUGCUUCUAUGGCUACUCAUAUCAAUAAUAUUUGUGAAAGAUAAUAUGUUAAAGUAGAAGGUUAAUCAAGAAAGUUAAAACCAACUGAUUUAGGAUUAUCAUUAGUAAGAGGUUAUAAAAGAAUUGAUUCUGAUCUUGUAGCACCUUAAUUAAGAUCUAAUAUUGAAUCUCAAGUUGAUUAAAUUGCUAAAGGAAAACUUAAAUAUUAAUAAGUUAUAGAUGAAGUCAUUUAAAUUUUUACCAAGAAAUUUAUUCAUUUUAGAGAAAGAAUUAAUGAUUUUUAAUUAAUCUAAUAUCAUUAGUAAGGAAUUAACAGAUAAAUUAAAUAAUCAGAUGAAGAAAUUAUCUUAAGCAGAUGUGGAGAUUGCAAUAGAUAUUUAGUUUAAUCAAAUAAUUCUGCUAUUUGUAAAUAGUGUAUUAAAACAUAUCCUUUAUUACCAGAUUGUAAAUUCAAAACUUAUGGAGCAUAUAGAUGUCCAUUUGAUAAAGUAUUGUAUAUAAUAUAUCUAAUAGUUUGAAUUACUUUUAUGCACCAGCAAUAAAUCUCCUUUUAAUACAACUCUUAUAUGUCCUAAAUGUUUUACCUCUUCACCUCUUGUUACAUCUGAUUAAUGCACUUGUAAUAUAUGUCCUAAUGUUAAUUGUGAAAAAUCUAAAGAAUCUAGAAUGCUUGGAAAAUGCAAAAAUUGCUAAUUUGGAGAACUUAUCUUAGAACCCUUUAUCAGUAAAGGUUAAUAAAUUUGUAUAUCUUGUAAUGAAUGUUGGUGUCUCUAUUAAUUAGUACCUGCUAUUCUCUCUGUUGAACUUAAUAAAAAUUCAUGUCCUCAAUGCUAAGUAUUUAUUCUCUAUUAAUUAGUUAAAAACAUUUAAUUUAACUACUAAAACUAAAGACAAAGAAGAAACUAAAUAUAAUAGUGUUUGUUUAAUGUGUCAUGAAGAAUUAAAUAAAAAAUUGCUCUAUGCUCCUUAUUUAGGAGAAAAAAAGUUUAUGAUAUAACAAAAAAAAAUUGAAUCAAAUAUUAAAUAAGAAGAUGUAAAUAAAGAAACUUUUUCUAAAGGACGUAAAAAAUUCUCAAAAAAUUCCAGAAAAACUGAUAAAAAGGAUGAUGAUAAUUAAUUUACUUAAAAAAAAAAUGACAAUGCUGACUGGGCCACUUUAUUAUUGGCACAAUCUGUGACUAAUAAUAAAUAAAAAUCAAAUUAACCUUUAAAAUAAGAAGAAGACUAAUAAUAAUUAUAAAAAUAAUAAAUUAUUGAACCAGGGUUAGUCUUACUAGAAUAAAAAAAAAAGAGAAAUUGA